ACAGGAAGUUUACGCUCUCCCAUACAAAUCAAGCGUAAACUUUUUGAGUUUACGCCUCGUGUGACGUCCGUAUCAAGGCCGCAGGGAACAGUAUCGGUUUGUGGCUGUCAGCGAACGGGUCGCAAAAUUUCGGGGUAACAGCUCGGACAGCCUGAUCCCGCCAGCCCAGGAAGCGUUUGGCCAGCCGCAAACGGAACCCUUCUCCCCGGGUGAAUCGAGAGCCAGGAAACGUAUCGAGCCGUGGCGCAGAACGCUUGAAGUGUUCGUGUUUUUGUUUGGCAAUUCCGGUCACGUCCUGGCAAGCGCGGUUCCGUGGACGGGCAGCGAAUAUGUAAUAACCUCGCCCCGUGUUGUGCAGCAGCAGCAGCGGCGGCGGCAGCGGCAGCAUCACCCCCGUACACAUCGUUUUGCACCUUCCCCCGCGGGUACGACGGCAUGACGUUUCCGCUGAAGUUUAGCGCCAAAAAGGCGCAGGAGUUGCUGUUGCCGUCCGCACCCGGCAAGAAGCAGCCACCGCACGUGCGCUGGUACGUGGCGGCGGGGGCGAUGGUGCUGCUCCUGCUCGCGCUCCUACUGCUCGGCGGGCUCGGCGGCCACGGGGAGGCCGGCGCCGAGCGGUUGUCGCUCGAUCUGGCCGACAUACCGCCGGUGGUGCUGGACAAGGAGGCGGAGCUGGCCCGGGCCCGCAACCGGAACUGCACCUACUGGGACUGCUUCAACGUGUACCGGUGCGGGCAGCGGGCACCGACGCUCGACGAUGGCGCCGGCGGCGACGGGGAGAUGGACGCCGAGCGCAUCUCGAUCUACGUCUAUCCGCUGAAGGAGUACCUCGAUGCGGACAGCAGGCGGCCGGCAGGGCAGCUGUCGCGCGAGUUCUACCGGAUCGUGCAGACGGUCGUCGACAGCCCGUACUACACGGCGAACCCGAACGAGGCGUGCCUGUUUCUGCCGACGCUCGACACGCUCAACCAGAACCGGAUCGACACGACGCUGGUCGGGAAGGCGCUUGCCUCGCUGCCGUACUGGGAGAAUGGCGAGAAUCAUCUGAUCUUCAACUUCCUGCCCGGCACCCGGCCCGACUACAGCACGGUGCUGGACGUGAACACGGACCGUGCCAUCAUCGUCGGGGCCGGCUUCGACAGCUGGACGUACCGGACCGAGUUCGACGUGUCCGUGCCGGUGUACAGUGCCGCGCUCGAGGAGUACCGCUGGCCGGAGCAGCCGGUCGACCGCACCGUGCUGCUGGUGGCCGCCCAGCUCAACCUGUUCCCGCGCCAGUUUCGCAUCCUGCAGGAGCUCACCUACGACUACCCGAACGAGCUGCUGCUGCUGCAGCGCUGUCCCACCACCACGGCGAAGGUGGACGAGCUGGCGGAUCUAGUCGCGGGUGGGCAGCAGCCGGACGAGGCGCAUCGGCCACCGGCCGGCAGCACCGAGGACGUCCGGUGCAGCUUCCCGCACGGGAACGAGCACGAGUACCCGGCGGUACUGACGACCGGCACGUUCUGCCUGGUGGCACGGGGCGUCCGGCUCGGCCAGCCCGCCCUGCUCGAAGCGAUGGCCGCCGGCUGCAUCCCGGUCGUGAUGGCGGACAACUACGUGCUGCCGUUCGCCGACCUGCUCGACUGGGAGCUGCUGGCGGUCCGGCUGCACGAAGCGAACCUGCACACGAUCGUGCCAGUGCUGCGGGCCAUCUCGGCCGAGCGGGUCGCGGAGAUGCAGGCACAGAUCCGGUCCGUCUACCGGCGCUACUUCGCCAGCCUCGACCGGAUCGUGCUGACCGUGCUGGAGCAGCUGAACGAUCGCAUCUUUCCGCACCGGAGCCGCACCUACCUGCACUGGAACGUGGGGCCGGAGGCGGGCGUCACGCAGAACCCGCUCUUCCUGCCGCUGAUCGCACCGAAGGCGCAGGGCUUCACCGCCGUCAUCCUCACGUACGAUCGGCUCGAGAGCCUGUACAUACUGAUCCAGAAGCUGGCGACCGUGCCGUCCCUGCAGAAGAUGCUGGUCGUGUGGAACAACCAGCGGAAGGCGCCCCCGCACCCGUCCCUCUUUCCCAAGAUCGGCAAGCCGCUCAAGAUCAUCCAGACGGCGGCGAACCGGCUCUCGAACCGGUUCUACCCGUACGAGGAGAUCGAAACCGAGGCCAUCCUCACGAUCGACGACGACAUCGUGAUGCUGACGGCGGACGAGCUCGACUUCGGGUACGAGGUGUGGCGCGAGUACCCGGACCGGAUCGUCGGCUUCCCGAGCCGGACGCACGUGUGGGACAAUGCGACCGGCCGGUGGCGGUACGAGUCCGAGUGGACGAACCAGAUCUCGAUGGUGCUGACCGGGGCCGCCUUUCACCACAAGUACUGGAGCUACCUGUACACGCACGCGAUGCCGGGCAACAUUAAGGAGUGGGUCGACGAGCACAUGAACUGCGAGGACAUUGCGAUGAACUUUCUGGUGAGCAACGUGACGAACAAGCCGCCGAUCAAGGUGGCGCCGCGCAAAAAGUUCAAAUGCCCCGAGUGCACCAACAACGAGAUGCUGUCCGCCGACCUGAACCACAUGACCGAGCGGACCGCCUGCAUCAACCGGUUCGCGGAGAUCUACGGCACCAUGCCGCUGCGCACGGUCGAGUUCCGGGCGGAUCCGGUCCUGUUCAAGGACAACUUCCCGGAAAAGCUGAAGCGCUUCAACGACAUCGGCAGCCUUUAAACAUUUCCAGCGGGGAGUUUCCCUCUGUGUGUUUAUGUGGGUGGGACAAGGACGCGUGUGCAAUACGGGAACACGGCGGAAGCGUGCACGCCACCUCGAUUCGCCAUAUUGGGAGAUAGUAUUAGGGUUGCGUUAUUUGUUACAUGUACAUGAUCCGGCCGCGUAAUACUGCAUACGAGCCCACGGAACGGCCGUUGGACAGCAGUGACGGGAAAGUGACUUAUCAUUUUUAAAACAUCGAGUCAGAAUCUUUAGCACAUAGCCAGGUGUAGCCCUUAAGGUGGGAAGAUUUAAAAUAUCAGACUUCUGCUAUUCGUUUGCUCGGCUCGAGACACCUCGAUAGCAAGAAUAGAGCAAGCCUGUGUGCCGUUACUGGCGUUAACGAUGAGCUAGCUUAGAAGUGUCCGGAUGCGGGGUACUGUUUUACCGGCACCCGGCACACCAAUCAUAAAACACGUCUAACAGAAACCCAAAGUCAAAGAGAGUAUGGUAAGAGCGGUUUAUCGGAGGAACACACUCACCUAGAAUAGAACGCGCCUGUUCAACCAAUACGUAUAGCAACACGUACGUAAGAAUAGUGCAAAUAGUAAGAGAGGCAAAUACUAGUAACGUUUGUUUUUUUUUAAAUGCGAAAUGCUCAACUAACCUGCCGGGAUGGUUUUCCGCACAUCGAUACUUUAUUUAGCUACCACCACCCGGAUAUACUCGUCCGUUUGCGUUAAGGUUGGAGAGUCACCUUCGAUGACUCGAGAUUUAUUCGGCACGGUACGGCCCAGCCUGCGCGCUAAGCUUCCCCGGUAAAAGCCUGUGCAACGAAUCAGUUAUUUCACCUUUCAACCCUUCAACUAUAAGACCGUUUAGGGCAGCUUUCGAGUAACACACGUUUAUUCUGUGUUAUUCUCAUUGCUUAUUUUUUUAAUGUUUUGAGUAAUACAAUUUCUUCCCGGCCUGAACGUCCCAAGACGUGGAAGAGAUCCCGAGGUAUGAGUUGGGAGUUCGAGCAGAGAUUGUUGAGGCGACGCUUUGUUGUACAUGAGAUUUGAGAAAAACGGGACCGGUUCAACUCACCCGGCUCCCGACGGCCAUUGAUCGAACCCAAACGAUCGCUUAUUAUUAGGGCGCAUAAUUCUGUACAGAAUAUUGUAGCACAUAAAGCAUAGCUGUAAUGAUAUAUCUAUAUUCACCAAAUAAAAUGGACGUCCUCUGUAA